CUCUCCCACUCACAGUUCCACCUUCUAGAAAAGAAAAAUGAGCGGGCGUUUCAAGUCUCGCGGCGGCCGCGGCGGCACUCGUGGCGGCGGCUUCAAAAGCGCGCGAACGUUCAGCAAGAAGCGCGCCUCGCCGGAAGACAGCGACAACGAGGACGCAGUGCCGGCAUCGAAAAAGAGUAAGGGAGAUGAGGAGUCUGAGCCCUUGGUCCCCACGCUGCAGAAGGAUGGGAAUGGUGAUAGUUACGUCGCUUUGAAAAGCAACGAAAUGCGACGAGUCACGGUCAGCAAUUUCAAAGGUAGCACGUUGGUGCAGAUCAGAGAUUACUUCAAGGGUGAUGGGGAUCAGGUUUUGCCCGGGAAAAAGGGCAUCGCUCUUACGCUAGAUCAAUACAACGUUCUCGUGCAAGCUCUCCCGCUUAUUGAGUCCGUACUGAAAGAUAUGGGGCAAGAGACCGUGAGGCCGGAUUUCGAUGGUAGUGUUGAACCGGCGACCAAUGAGGCUGGAAAAGAAGAGGUCACGGAGCAAGAGGAAGAGGAAGAAAAGUGAUUUGCUUCUCCAUUCCAACUUUCUGGUCGUUUCUAAGCUGCUAAGCUUUGUAUAAUAGAAUAACACAGGUUAGGGAAUCAUUAUGAGCGUGGAGGGGAGUGAGUCGCCAUAUCACGACCUCAUGAUGCAUCGAAUGCGCUAGUCUCAAAACGGACAAUCCAGUGCUUGUAUGCAUUCCAGAUACCCCACAAGAAGCCUCCACACAAAGAGUUGUCCAGUAAUAGACAAUACCUCAAGCAAACAAGACAUUUCAAGUGCUCAUCUAAUCGCCAAGCUCUGUAGCAAUUGCAAGACAUCACUGUUAAUCCAUAGCGGC